CCGUUUCGCCGGACCCGGGUCCAUACGAGAAAUUCCCCAAAGGAGAGGGUGGUCCGUGAUUUCAGUGCGAACCUUCAAAAUUCCACCCGGCUCGUAAACCCUUUCGGCCUUAGUAACCACCAAACUGUUCUCUCGUCGUCUCCUCCUGAAGAGAAAUCACUGCGGAAUUCAUUCCUUUUCGUCACAUUCUCGCAUAGCCGCGUCGUGGGUCAUCUCCAGUCUUGCCUUUCCUAGAGGGGAUGAUUACGUGCCUUGGUGAGAAGUUCAGGAAAAAAAUCGUUGCCUGCACCGAAGAUGUUUGAUGUUUUGCCUGACAGCAGAGUCCCUCUCGUUUUCGCUCCAAACCUUCGUGAUGAUGUUUGAAGGCAGAUACAGUAUAUGUUUCGGCUCUUGACUGCGCCCGGUUUAUGCUUUCACCCUCUUCCUCGUUGUGGGUUUUGUGUUGCUGAGCGCGUCCUCGUCGAAACGUUUAUCGGCACAGCAGGUGUUUGAUGCAUCCAGUCAAUUCGUCUUUCACUUGUAAUGUCGUGGUAGCCGAACCCAUCAUGACGUUCAGGAGCGAGUUUGAUUUGUUGUAUGUUUGACGUUGGAAUUUGUCGAAAGCCCAUGUUCCGCAAGCAUUUCUUUUCUGCUGGAACUGGCAUCCUGUCCACGAGCUUAAACCAGCAGACUCGCUUAUUUUCUCGUGACCCUUUCCCUAGCAAGGUCUCGCACUACCUCUAUAGAGCCAGAAUUAUUGACUCCAUAAGGCUUGUGCUUCGAUCGAAUUCCCAGAGUUUGCUUACGACUCUCUUGAAUGACCGCCUUUUGGACUCUUUUGUUGUCACUCACGCUCUCCGUUCUGCUCCUUCUGCUGAUUCGGCACUCUCAGUAAUUGACGUUCUCGAAUCAAAUUCGAACUUUAGUCAUACACAAAGUACCAUUUACGCCUUGGCCAACAUUUUGGCCAGAUCAGGUCGAAGGAAGGAACUUGAUGCUUUGGUUGAUGCCAUUGAUGCCAGGAGCUUUAAAAAUGUUCGGGUUAGCCAUAUGAACCUUAUGCAGUGGUAUGCAGCAACUGGAGACAUUGACUCAGUUCUUGAUACGUGGGAUAAGUAUAGAGAGUUGGACAGACAUGUGUGCACAGAAUCUUAUAACAUUGUCAUGCGCCUUUAUGCAGAAAACGGUGAAGAUUCCAAGGCUGUGGAGAUAUUCCAUAGGAUGAUUGUGGAAGGAGCAAACCCUAAUUCUAGAACAUAUACAAAUAUUAUUGAGCACCUUGUGAAUUCUGGGAAGCUGGAUUCGGCACUGGAGGUUUUCAGUGUUUUACCAUUAAUGAGAAUCAAGCGCACAUCGAAACAGUUCUCAAUUUUGGCAGAGGGUCUUGUAAGUGUUCGAAGGUUUGAUGACGUGAAAAUUUUACUCAGCAAUAUGCACGCUGAAGGGAUGCUGCCUGUUCGAGCUCUGCUUUGCUCGUUGCAACAUAUGAAAGAGGCAGGAUGUAUUCAUGAGAACGAUGAAAUUCUUUCUGAAAUGUUGCCAAAUGAGAGGAUAAAAAGUAUCGAGUAUUUUGUGGAUGGUACUGAAGACGACGACGACGACGACGAUGAGGCUGAGGAUGAGAAGGAGUAUGGUGUUGCUUGUGAUGUCAAUGAGGUCAAUGGGGUCAAAUUGAAACCAUGGCUAGAUCCUAGAGCUUUGGCAAAUGCCUUGCAGAGUUGGAGCCCCAAUGAGGUUUCGGAAUUGGAGAAUGCAAAGUUUGUGUGGACAACUCGCUUGGUUUGCAAAGUCCUUCGAAAUUUCAAAUCUCCAGUGGCAGCUUGGAACUUUUUCUGCUGGGUUGCUUGCCGACCAGGGUUUACUCAUGAUGUUUACACAGUGCAGAGAAUGAUGACCCUUUUAGCACGACAUGGGCAUGUCCAAUUGGUUAAUCAGCUGAUGGAUAAAAUUAGACAGGAGGGACUAAAGCUUCCAUUCAGUACCAUUAAAUUGAUUAUCGACUUUUGUGGCAUUUCGAAAGAUCCUGAUUCUGCUUUGAAGAUUUUUCGUCACGAUAGGACUCUCUGUGGUUCUAUUUCGAAGUUUAAGCUGAUGGUUCUAUAUUCAUCAUUAUUACGGACAUUGACCAAGUGCAGUAGGAGCUCUGAUGCUCUUGAGGUGCUUGAUGAAAUGAUUUUAAAUGGCAUUUGCCCAGAUAUUCAAACUUUUUCUGGUUUGAUGGAUUAUUUUGCUAAGCAAGGAGACAUCAAAAAUGUGCAGAAGAUUUUUGGAAUGGUUAGGCAGAGCGGCAUCGAGCCAGAUGCUUACGUGUUUAAGGUUUUGAUACAUGGUUACUGCAAGUGUGAAAGAGCUGCUCUUGCAUGGAGGGUGUUCGAGGACAUGAAAAGCUCAAAUCUACUUCCUGAUUAUGCCACGAAGGAGCUGCUAGUGAAAAGUCUUUGGAAGGAAGGCAGGAGGAGAGAAGCUGCGAUUGUAGAAGAAAGUUGUGAGGAGAUAAAUGAUUCUCUUCCUCUUGCUUUACGUGGUCAUAUAUGGACUGUGAGCUCAGCCAACCUCAGUCAAGUUUAUAACGUCUAUGCAAGUAGUUUUAUGUUAAGCUGUGAUCCAACAUCAAAUGGGGAGGGCUAGUUAUCUACUGUUUUUCUAAGUUGCAUUCUUCACAACAAUCUGAAAAAUGUAAUUGUUACUUCUGUUAGCCCCUGGACCAAGUUUAGUUCUGUCAAGUCAUAGCUGACACGCUUAGUCUGUCACAUAAUGGAGCUGCAGAUGGAAGCAUAAUGUAAUCUAAUAUCUUUUUAAUUUA